AGGACCAUCUGUGAAUGGAUCAGCAUAUCUGCAGGCAAGUCGUGUCCCCAUCCUGCUCAAACUUGCAGACGCACGCACCACCGAGAAGAAUAGCAGGGGAUUCCAAUCCGUCACCGAGAUGACAUCACAGCCUGCUGGCGAUACAAAAGUCAGCCCGAACAAGGGAGUCCCCGCUUCCCCUCCCACCUUCAACGUCCCGCAGAAAGAACAGCCUGCCGGAGCAUGUGGAACCCAUUAGUUUGGAGGACUUUGAAGGGAGAGAGCGCGCACUCCCGCGUCAACAAACACGCUUUGGCUGCGUCUCCACAGUGACCGGUGUUACAGCCCCGGCUGGAGGGAGAGGAAAUGCCCCACUCAGAGCCACGGGGCAGCUUCCACACAGCUUUAUUCUAACUCUCUGUCCGGCCAACGCUGGAAACCUCAUCUUUUAUCGCUCUGCCAUUCCCUGCGUCCUUUCUCUCCUCUCCCUGUCUUAUCUGUUCUCUCUCUCUCUCUCUCUCUCUCUCUCUCUCUCUCUCUCUCUCUCUCUCCACCCUACCAAUUUCCCUGUCGGGAUCCCUCCGUUCACUGUCAGUGUCAAGUUCACCGACAACUGAGAGAUGAAAGAGAAAAAACCCUGGCACACACCGCUGACCAUCAUCAUCACUGUGAUUGGUGUCAUAGCGAUUGUUGCCCUGGUGACGGUUGCAGUUUUGCAGAACCGGCCUGUCCCCCAAAAGUACAAGUAUGGGAUUGUGCUCGACGCCGGCUCUUCCCACACAGCUCUUUACAUCUACGAGUGGCCAGCGGAGAAGGAUAACAACACUGGAAGAGUUGAACAGAAGCAUUCCUGCAAAGUAAAAGGUAAGGGCAUCUCGAGCUAUGCAGCUGAACCGGAGAAGGCCGGAACGUCACUGAUAGACUGCAUGCGAGAGGCCGAGCUGCAGGUUCCCACCAAGAGACACCGCGAGACCCCCCUCUAUCUGGGGGCAACAGCUGGAAUGCGACUCCUGAAAAUCGAGGACAGCGCGGCGUCAGACAAGGUGUUUCAGGCGGUGGAGCAAACCCUACAAAGAUCUCCCUUUUACUAUCAGGGGGCGAGAAUACUCACCGGGCAGGAGGAGGGCGCCUUUGGCUGGGUCACCGUCAACUACUUGGAUGAUCGUCUCAAACAGGGUCUAGAAACAACAGGGGCCCUUGACCUUGGCGGAGCCUCAACUCAAAUUAGCUUUGUGUCUCGUAAUUAUGACAUAUCGGAGUCACCUAGCAACUCUGUGACCUUCCGGCUCUACGGAAACGACUACAACCUGUACACGCACAGCUUCCUGUGCUACGGGAAGGACCAAGUUCUAAAAAAGGCACUGGCACACCAGACUCAGUCAGGUCCAACAAAAGUACAGGAUCCAUGCUUCCACCCAGGUUACUCAGUGAAAAGGGAUUACACGAGCCUGUAUGACAGCCCCUGUGUCUCACACAUGAAACCCAAAGGAGCUCCUUCAGAGUUUACCCACAUAGGAGAAGGAAACUUCUCACAAUGCCAGGAAGUAGUCAAAAGUCUGUUUAAUUUUACAGCCUGCACUUACAGUAGAUGCUCUUUCGACGGGGUCUUUCAGCCACCUCUGCAAGGACCAUUUGGGGCCUUCUCUGCUUACUACUUUGUGAUGAACUUCCUCAAUCUGACAGAUACAUCCUUCCCUUUAGAAACUGUGAAGAAAAAUCUAGCGAACUACUGCGCUACUCCCUGGAAUGAGCUAAAGCAACGGCAUCUAGGGAGGGUUAAAGAGAAAUACCUGGCCGAGUAUUGCUUCUCUGGCACGUACAUCCUCACCCUGUUGACAGAAGGAUACAACUUCACAAAGGAGAAGUUCUCUGACAUAAAAUUCAUCAAAGAGAUAAAAGGCAGCGACGCAGGCUGGACACUGGGCUACAUGCUAAACCUGACCAACAUGAUUCCAGCAGAGGCUCCAGACUCACCACCUCUUCCACACGCCGGCUACGUCUCCAUAGUCACUGUCAUUGCAAUACUGCUGUUUAUCCUCCUCAUCCUCUGCCUGCGCUCUAUUUGGCCCAGAUGCUCAAAGCAGCAACAGAUCGUAUAAGCACAAUGAUGUAUCUAUGUUUGAGUGCUGUGUGAGGGAAGUCUGAGAAGAGGUGUGUGUGUGUGUGUUUGAGUGGGGGAAAGCUCAUCUGAAGUUGUCAGAGACGGUCCUGCAACGCAUCAUUUUUCAAGGAUUUUUAAGAAGGACAUGCGUUUAACUCUCAUCGGGGGAGAGAAGCCUCUGACUGAAGGACAUUUCCUCCAUUUCAAUAUGUGUGCAAAUGUACGUUUGGGUUUGAAUGAGUGAAACUGAAUGCAUGCCUGAAAGUGUGCGUGUAUGUGUGUGUGUAUGUGUGUGUGAAACCACAUCAGUAUGCAUGUCUAUGACCUGAAUUAUGCUGUGAAUAUGUAACUGUAUAAAUAAAGUAACCCAAGUUUAUAUAAAA